AUGGAGGGUCUCGAAAGAACUUGCCUUGUGAGUGAUAGAGACACCAAGAAGUACUCCUUAGCGAUGAGCAGUGAGGGAAACAAUGGAAACAAAGAAAACCACAACAAGGAACUGGUGGAUUCUGGGUCUGGUUCAUGGCAUCACUGUCAUGACCACGUGAUGGCCUAUGAGAGCAGGAAGAAGGAGCAACAGCAGGCCAGGCACAAGCUCUACAUGGCAUCCGUGAUGUGCCUCAUAUUCAUGAUUUCAGAAGUCAUAGGUGGCCGAAUUGCAGGAAGCCUUGCUGUGAUGACGGAUGCAGCCCACAUGUUUGUUGACUUGAUGAGUUUCCUGAUCAGCCUCAUCUCUCUUUGGCUGUCAUCAAAACGACCCAGCAAGAGAUUAACGUAUGGAUGGCACAGAGCAGAACUUCUCGGCGCUUUGCUGUCCGUGGUUUUCAUUUGGGCAGUGACCGCUGUGUUGACGUACUUAGCCAUCAUGAGGCUGCUGCAUCCGCAUUACGAAAUUCAAGGGAUGGUGAUGCUCAUCACAUCUGGCUGUGCGGUAAUAGCCAAUAUGAUAUUAAGUCUGAUGUUGUACCAGACGGGACACAGACACGUUCGAGACGGCCAUCACACCACCUGUCAUCUAUCGCAACGCAAGCCAGCUUCGGCAAAUGCCAGUGUAAGGGCAGCUUUUGUCCACGCUGUGGGAGAUCUGCUUCAGAGCGUUAGUGUGCUAAUUAGUGCGCUCAUAAUAUUCAUUGAGCCAGCCUACAAGAUGGCUGACUCAAUCUGCACAUUUGUGUUCUCCGCAUUUGUUCUGGGAACCACCAUCACUGUUUUGUGGGACAUUUUGCUGGUGUUAAUGGAAGGAACACCAAAGGGAUUGAGCUAUGACGCAGUCAAAGAGAAGAUUCUAGCAAUGGACAAAGUGAAAUCCGUCCACAAUCUUCAUCUUUGGUCUCUAACAAUGAACCAGACCCUUUUAAUGGCUCACAUUGUCACAGUGGAUACUGCAGACGAGCAGCAGGUUUUGAAAGAAAUGACUGAAGCUCUGUUCGACGCUUAUAACUUCCACACAGUCACUCUUCAGAUUGAACCCGAAGGAGCCCAAAAACCAGAAUGCGUUUUUUGCCAAGAUCCAAGAGACUAA